AUGUCAAUCUAUAAUAAACCAGUUGCUCACGGUGUUGCAUCAACAGCCAACCAACAAUCAGCAGCCGCCGAUGAUGAUGAUUGGGAGACUGAUUCAGAUUAUGUCAACGAUGUCACUGAAUUGGAACAACGUCGUGGGUCUAAACUCAUCGUCCCACCAUCAGACUCUGUUGUAGAUUUAAAGGAACUUCGUGAAAGAGUAUUCCAACAAGAUACUGAAGUUUUAAGACAAGAAUAUGAUUCAAAGAAACAAUUAUACGGAGGAGAGAGAGCUGAAAAGUCAAUCAAACAUUAA